AUGGGGAAGUUUGUGAGAAGGGGCUGGGUAGUUGCUUGUGUGAUGGUGUUCUUGAUCUCGACUCAAGUGUUGGGACAAUUAUCUGAUACAGGUGAUCAUGUCAAUGCCAAAAGCCGACAUCACAAAAGUAAAAGAGGCGAUGCUGGUGCUGGUGCUGGUGGGGGUGGAGGUGGAUGUGUUAGAAGCAGUAUUGGAGCAGGGGGUGGUGCUAGCGGUGGCAUUGGAGUCGGAGGUGGUAUUGGCGGAGGAGGAGGUAUAGGCGGUGGUGGUAGUGCCGGCGGAGGUGCAGGUGGUGGUAUUGGAGCCGGAGGUGGAGCUGGUGGUGGUGGUGGUGGAGGUGGAAGUGGCAGUGCUGGUGGCGCUGGAGGUGGUGCCGGUGGUGCUGUCGGAGGUGGAGGUGGAGGUGGUCUUGGCGGUGGUGUUGGAGGAGGUGGAGGUGGAGGACUUGGUGGUGGUGUAGGAGGAGGUGGAGGUGGAGGACUUGGUGGUGUUAUUGGUGGUGGAGGACUUGGUGGUGGUCUAGGAGGUGGUGGAGGAGUCGGCGGUGGUGUAGGAGGAGGAGCAAAUGUUGGCGUAGGAGUUGGAGCCGGAGGUGGUGCAGGAGGAGGAGCUGGUGGUGGCGGUGGCGUUGGUAACCGACGACACUAA